AUGGCCCAGCAGUUCUCGCUGGCGCCCUUGGCUGGAGUGUGCAGCUUCGCAGGCAGAACGCAACGAAGGGGCAAACUUCCCGUCGGCGCUUUUUCGGCAGUAUUGUGGACAGACCCUGGAGAAGGAGCCAUAGGCCUACUGGGGAAGGAGGGCUCAUUAAACAUACUCCUAACGAGUGUUUUGCCGAACCGCAAGACUCUGGUGUCUGAGCAGAGGGAUGUUGGAACUGGUAGUGAUAAGAUUCAAGAUAAUGAAAAUACCUGGAUGCAUUCAAGCAGAAGAUCCGAAUCGAUUCCUGUGAAGGUUACAUUACGGACUCUGGCAGUGGUUGAUCAAGGCGACUAUGGAGUGCAGAACAGGCGUUCUGGCUUGAACCCUGAAAGGAGAAAGGAAAGCCUCUUUCAAUGA